ACUUUAGCCAUAGACAGAAAACACUUGAAAAAAGCUUCACCCAUCUUUUUGCUAAAAAUAAUUCCUUAAUAAGGAAUUUUAUUUUAUUAUUUUAAUUUCCGCCGCUUGACAGAGAGAAAUAAUGCGGGCCAAUUGCGAAUAACAUAAAAAUCAGGGAAAUAUUUGCAAAAUUCGAAAACUGGGCUCAGGACUUUUCUCUCUUGCUCCGUUGCUCGGUAUAUUGGUCGUUUUCUUCUUGCUCCGGUUCGUGACCUUGAGCUUGGUGUGACCCCGCCUCCGGCUGCUUCAGAUUCAUUCGCACGUUAGAAAUGGCGACACAAGCUUUAUGGCAACCAAAGGAAGAAGGCCUCAGAGAGAUAUGUGGUCUUCUCCAACAGAAUAUUUCGCCUACUUCUGAUAAAACUCGCAUUUGGCAGCAGCUUCAGCACUUCACUCAAUUCCCCGAUUUCAACAACUAUCUUGCUUUUAUUUUUGCUCGCUCUCAGGGAACAUCAGUUGAAAUUCGACAGGCUGCUGGUCUAUUGCUCAAAAAUAAUCUAAGAAGUGCUUACAAGUCCAUGGAUCCCGCCUAUCAACAAUAUAUAAAAUCAGAGCUGUUACCUUGUUUAGGGGCAGCAGAUAAGCACAUUAGAACUACAGUUGGAACAAUUAUCAGUGCAAUUGUUCAGCAGGGACGAAUUCUUGGCUGGCCAGAGCUGUUGCAGGCUCUUAUGCAGUGUUUAGACAGCAAUGAUAUAAAUCAUAUGGAAGGUGCCAUGGAUACUUUAUCCAAGAUCUGUGAAGAUAUUCCACAAGAGCUUGAUUCGGAUGUACCUGGAUUAGCUGGACGUCCUAUUGAUGUUUUCCUGCCUAGAUUAUUCCAGUUUUUCCAGUCACCACAUGCCUCCCUGAGAAAGUUAUCUCUAGGAUCGAUAAAUCAAUUUAUUAUGCUGAUGCCCACUGCUCUUUAUCUGUCUAUGGAUCAGUUCCUUCGUGGUUUAUUUGUCCUUGCUAAUGACCCUGCUGCAGACAUUCGAAAAUUGGUUUGUUCAGCAUUUGUUCAACUCAUUGAAGUUAAUCCUUCUUUCCUGGAGCAGCCAAAUAUGAAGAGUAUCAUUGAAUUCAUGUUGCAAGCAAGCAAGGAUAAUGAUGAUGAGGUUGCCCUUGAAGCUUGUGAAUUUUGGUCAGCAUAUGGCGAAGCUCAAUUAAACCCUGAACUUCUAAGGGAGUUCUUGCAGCGUCUAAUUCCAAUUUUAUUGUCAAAUAUGGUUUAUGCCAACGACGAUGAGUCUCUUAUUGAUGCUGAGGAGGAUGACUCACAACCAGACAGGGAUCAGGAUAUAAGGCCUCGCUUUCAUUCAUCUAGGUUUCAUGGAUCAGAUGAUAUGAAUGAUGAUGAUGAUGACAGUUUAAAUGUUUGGAACUUAAGGAAAUGCAGUGCGGCCGGCCUUGAUAUUAUUUCCAAUAUUUAUAGGGAUGGAAUUCUUCCAACAUUAAUGCCUUUAGUUGAGGCCAAGCUAUCCACCUCUGAUGAUGAGACCUGGAAGGAAAGGGAAGCAGCAGUGCUGGCACUUGGUGCUGUAGCUGAGGGUUGCAUUGAAGGUCUUUACCCUCAUUUGGCUGAGAUUGUGGCGUACCUCAUCCCUGUAUUAGAUGAUAAAUUUCCUUUGCUUAGGAGUAUUACCUGUUGGACACUUUCUCGCUUUAGUAAAUUUAUUGUUCAGGGUAUGGUCAACCAGAAGGGUACUGAACAAUUCAACAAAGUUCUCAUGGGUCUUUUACGGAGGAUUUUAGACACUAACAAGCGGGUACAAGAGGCUGCUUGUUCAGCUUUUGCUACACUAGAAGAGGAAGCUGCUGAAGAGAUGGUGCCAUAUUUGGAAACUAUUCUCCAGCAUCUUAUGUGUGCCUUUGGGAGAUAUCAGAGGAGAAAUCUGCGAAUUGUUUAUGAUGCUAUCAGUACUUUAGCAGAUGCUGUGGCAGUGGAACUUAAUCAGCCCAGAUAUCUUGAGAUUCUGAUGCCUCCAUUAAUUGCAAAAUGGCAGCAACUCGCUGACUCAGAUAAAGACCUUUUCCCACUUUUAGAGUGCUUUACAUCUAUAGCACAGGCACUUGGAACUGGAUUCUCUCAGUUUGCUGGACCAGUAUUCCAGAGGUGCUUAAACAUCAUCCAGUUGCAACAAUUGGCAAAGGUUGAUCCCACAUCUGCUGGAAUUCAGUAUGAUAAAGAGUUUGUUGUUUGCUCUUUGGACUUAAUCUCAGGGCUUGCAGAAGGCCUUGGUGGUGGGAUUGAGAGUUUGGUUUCACAAAGCAAUUUGAGGGAUGUGCUUCUGCAAUGCUGUGUGGAUGAUGCUCCUGAUGUUCGACAAAGUGCUCUUGCACUUCUAGGAGACCUUGCAAGAGUUUGCCCAGUGUAUUUGCGUCCCUCUUUAUCCAACUUUCUUAAUAUUGCAGCCAAACAACUGGGUAGUCCUGAGCUACAGGAAUCCAUUUCAGUGGCAAAUAAUGCUUGCUGGGCAAUUGGUGAAUUAGCAAUCAAGGUUCGUGAAGAAGUUUCACCAGUUCUGAUGACUGUUAUUUCAUGCCUAGUUCCAAUCCUUCACCAUGCAGAGGGUCUUAAUAGGUCACUGGUAGAAAAUAGUGCCAUUACACUUGGGAGACUUGCAUGGGUCUGUCCGGAGCUUGUGUCACCCCAUAUGGAGCAUUUUAUGCAACCAUGGUGUGCUGCUUUGUCCAUGAUUCGUGAUGAUGUUGAGAAGGAAGAUGCAUUCCGUGGUCUAUGUGCAAUUGUGAGGUUAAAUCCAUCUGGGGCGUUGAAUUCACUUGUGUACAUGUGCAGAGCUAUUGCAAGUUGGCAAGUAAUAAGGAGUGAGGAUCUACACAAUGAAGUUUGCCAGGUGUUGCAUGCAUAUAAACAGAUGUUGAGGGAUGGAUCAUGGGAACGCUGCCUAUCAGCAUUGGAGCCUCCUGUUAAAGAUAAAUUAUCAAAAUAUGAGGUACGAUAAUAUUGUUGACGUGGGCAGGCAUGCCCUUUGAUUCUUCAUCGGCAGAGCUGGAUGCAGGCUUCUUCAGUCUGCAGAUCCAAAACUAAGUUCUGGUCCAGUCUCAAAGAUCAAGUUGUCGCAGAAAAGAGCUUAAUGGUGAAAUAUGCCACUGACGUUUACUAUCGACUCUUGAAACCCGAUUUUUCUUUUCCAAAUGGAGAAUGCAAAAGUAGAAAAUGGGAGCAGUAUACUAAUCGGAUAGGUGCAAUUUUUCCAAGAUCACUGACAUUAAUUUCAGGAAUAAAUUCUGGUCCAUAGUCCUUUUGUUCAUAUUUAAUUAGUUGUGACUACAAGAUUUUAGCUCCUGUUGCCCACAUGUGGUUAUUGUAAGGUUUUAUAGUGUGAGAAGCGUGAUUUCCUCC